GAGGGUCAGCUGGACAGGCUGAAUUGGGAAAGGGGGAAAGGCAGAGAGUGGGCUGAGAGACAAGAAGAGAACGGCCGCUGUGUUUUGGAUCCCCCCCACUUGCCUCCUAAUAUCCUUUCAGCCCAAGAAGAGCCCAAAGCCUUGGUUGCUACACCUUCUUCCGCUGGAGUAACCUUGCAACACCAAGGUGACCCUUUGCCCCAAUGGCACCCAAAAAGAAAGCCCCCAAAAAGAUCAAACCUGUGAAGAACGAAGUUCCUCUUAACACCUCAAUGGUAGAGGACUCUUCGCUUGAAAUUGACCAUCACCAGCAGCUGGAUGAAUUCUUUGAAAAUGGUUCUGACGGAUUCCUCUGCACUGCCACAGAGGUUUUAGAUCCAAGGCAUGGAACCAACAUCCUGGCAGAGAUGCACCAGAUGCAAAAAGAGCAUUUCCUUUGUGACCUAACCAUUGCCACUAAAACAAAGACCUUCAGCGUCCAUAAGCUGGUGAUGUCUUCCUGCAGUGAUUACUUCAGAAGCCUGCUGAAGAAAAACCCCAGCCUUCAACAAGUGGACCUCACGGAUGUCUCCCCUUUGGGUUUGGCCACCAUCAUCACCUAUGCAUACACAGGGAAAGUGAGUCUUUCUCUAUACACCAUUGGAAGUACCAUUUCCACAGCCAGCUACCUACAAAUGUAUGCUCUGCUGAACAUAUGUACUGACUUUCUCAUCCAGGAGAUGAAUGUGGAAAACUGGAUGUACAUAGCCAACCUGGCCGAGACCUACAAUCUCAACCAGACAAAGGAUGCUGCCAAAAGAUUCAUCCGGGAACGUUUCCUAGAGUUCUCCGAGACGGAACAGUUCAUGAAGCUCACUUUUGACCAGCUCAAUGAAUUGCUGAUGGAUGAUGACCUUCAGUUCCCCAGUGAGGUGGUGGUCUUCCAGAUUGCCAUGAAAUGGCUUGAGUCUGACCCCAAGCGAGUCAAACACGCUGCUGACCUCCUGAACAACGUUCGGUUUGGCACCAUCCCAGCUCAUGACUUGAUCAACUACGUCCAGCCGGUUCCGUGUAUGAUGCAAAACCCAGAAUGCCACAGGCUACUGGUCGACGCUAUGAAUUAUCACUUGCUGCCUUACCAACAAAACGACCUCCAGUCCAGAAGGACCAAGAUUCGAGGAAGCCAAAAGGUCUUGCUGGUGGUUGGCGGGCGUCCAUGUACGACGGAGAAAGCUCUUAGCAAAGAUGUCAGUUACCGAGAUCAAGACGGAAACUGGAAUAAGCUGACAGAGAUGCCAACCAAAUGUUUUAAUCAAUGUGUUGUGGUCAUGGAUGGAUUCCUUUACGUGGCAGGAGGAGAGGAUCAAAACGAUGCCCGGAAUCAGGCAAAGCAUGCCAUUAACAAUCUCUGCAGGUACGACCCACGUUUUGGCACUUGGCUGCACUUGGCCAGCAUGUCCUACCAAAGAACUCACUUCAGCCUCAACGCGUUCAACGGGUACCUCUACGCCAUCGGGGGACGCAACGUCAAGGGGACCCUAGUCUCCAUCGAAUGCUACGUCCCGUCCACCAACACCUGGCUAGCCAAAACCAACAUGGAGCUGCCACGGUGCUGCCACGCCAGCAUGGUCCUUGAGAGCAAGAUCCUGGUGACGGGCGGCUAUGUAAACAAUGCCUAUUCUCGUACCGUUUGCAGCUAUGACCCGGCCACGGAUUCCUGGAGAGAUUGUACUUGGCUGAGCACUCCAAGGGGGUGGCAUAGUGCUGCCACAUUAGGGGGCCAUGCCUAUGUCCUGGGGGGCAGCCAGCUAGGGCCCCGAGGGGAAAGGGUGGAUGUGGUCCCUGUGGAGUGCUACAACCCUUCUACAAACCAGUGGAGCCAUGUGGCUCCGCUUCCCCUCGGCUUGAGUAUGGCUGGGGUGGCCACCCUCAACGGGCAAAUCCUGCUCGUGGGUGGCUGGAAUGAAAGCACCAAGAAAUACCAGAAGGGCAUCCAAGCCUAUAACCCUGACCUGAAUGAAUGGAUUGAGGAUGGAGAACUUUCGGAAGGCACCGUUGGGGUGUCCUGCUGCACCGUCGCCCUUCCGCACUCCAGCACCAGAGGCUCCAGGGCCAGCUCCGUUGGGUCAGCGGCCGUCAGCAUCUAAGGUUGCGGGAAAGCUUUCAUUACAUGCCAUGUUUAGGUGGUUCGCAAGAAUAUGGUGAGGCACAUUUUGAAAGAAAUCUCAUUUAUCUUGGUUUCUAGAGCUUCUGGGAGACAAAGCAUUCUAGCUGUGUAUCACUAGCCAUCUUCUACUGCAUCCUUACCUCAUAGAAAACAUUCACAGGCUUUCAUGCAGCUCCUUUUUCUUCUUAGAAAUGAGGAGUUGAACAUACUUCUAAUAUAUAUCCAGAGGUAGCUGCGUGGGCCAUAGAGCUAAGUGCAAUAACAUCCAAAAU